AUGGCAGAUGUCGUUUCUUUCUACAAGAAGUUACCUCAGGGCCCUGCUCCAGCUCCUGCUAAACCAAGCAAUCCUCUUUCAAAGUAUAAAGCUGCUUAUUUUGAUGGUGAUAAUGCGUCAGGAAAGCCAUUGAUUCACUUGUCAUUGGCUGUGCUUAUUUUAGGUUAUGUCUGGGAAUAUCAAUCUCACUUAAAACACCAUAAGGAACAUUAG